AUGGUUCAUGCGUACAUUUUGCGAACUGGGUUCAAAUCAGAUUUGUUGGUUUUCAACAAUCUUCUUCAUGUUUAUAUCACAGAUGGUCUUAUUUUGGAAGCACUGAAAUUGUUCUACAAAAUGCCUGAAAGAGAUGUUGUCUCUUGGAAUACCAUGAUUUCGGGACUUGUUGGUUCAGGUUUUAUUUAUGAGGGGUUUUCAAUUUACCGUGAAAUGAGAAGGGUUGGAAUCAUUCCCAGUCAGUCGAGUUUUGCUUCUGUUCUAGUUGCUUUGACUGAGAUGGGUAGUCUGGUUAAUUGCAGACAAAUACACGGAGAGUGUUUCAAGUAUGGGUUUUUUUCUAAUCUCCUUGUGGGAAAUGCCCUUUUGACAGCUUAUGUCAAGUGUGGUGACAUCAAGGGAGCAAGAGACAUGUUUGAUGGAAUGAAAAUUUUUGAUGAAGCUUCAUGUGAAAUCUUAUUAAGAGGUUAUCUUCAACUAGGUAGUUUCAGUGAUGCUUUUGAUAUAUUCCGAAGUUCUCAUUUAGUAGGAAUACCCGUUAGUUGUUUUGCACUCACUAGUCUUAUAAGCUUCUGUGGAAGCAGUGAGCUUAUUGAUAAUGGAAUGCAAAUUCAUGGGUACAUUGUUAAGGUCAGGUUGGACUCCGAUGUUUCUGUAGUGAAUUCUCUUAUUGCAAUGUAUGCAAGAUCAUACCUCUUAGAGGAAGCUACAUAUUUGUUUGAGGGGCUAAGCUGUCGUGAUAUUGUUACAUGGAACUCCCUUAUUGCAGGUUAUGCAUUGAACAGUGAAGGAGACAUAGGGAUGGGUCUUGUUGGAAGGCUUUUAUCUACUGGAAUGAGGAUGAAUGAAUCUACUUUCUCAAGUUUUCUCUCUUCUUCUACGACAUUAACUGUUCUUGAAAGUGCAAAGAAGGCACACGUUCUAAUACUGAAGUUGAGUGAAUCUAUAGAUCAAGUAAUCAUUAAUAUAAUACUUACUAUGUACUGUAGAUGUAAAAGUUUAAGCUAUGCUAGUAAAGUAUUUGAAGUGAUGGAGAGGGAUAUGAUAUCGUUCAAUCUUUUAACCGGAUUAUUCCGAGAUCUUGGUCAGCAUGGAGAAGCCAUUAGACUUUUCUGGCAGUGUCGGUUGGAGGGAUUCAACAUGGAUGAACUAAUGUAUUCAAGUCUCAUUUCUAGCUGCUCAAAGUUGGCUGCUUUAGAGAUUGGAGAACCGAUUCAUAGUUGUAUCAUCAAGACUGGUUUUGAGAAGGUCUUGCUCCUUAGAAACUCCCUCCUAGAGAUGUAUUCACAAUGUAGCAAGUUAAAGAGCAUGGAAAAAAUAUUCAGUGAAAUUGAUGGACCAGAUAUCUUCACAUGGAAUACAAUGAUUAUGGGAUAUGCCUGUUUUGGGUGUUUUGACCAAGCAAUCAAAAUUUGGGAAAAGAUGAUAGAGUUGAGUAUAGAGUUAAAUGAAUUCUCUUACUGCACAAUGCUAGAUAUAUGUGGCUACCUUGAGGAUUCAGUGACUGGAGAGCAUAUCCAAGCUCAGAUCCAAAAGUUGGGCCUUUUUUCUGAUACAAGCUUGAUGAAUUCUUUACUGACCAUGUAUGCUAGUUGUGGAUUGAUGGAUAAGGCAUCCAAAAUCUUCAAAGAGAUCCCUUGGACUGACUCUGUUUCAUGGAAUGCCAUUGUUUGUGGCUAUGCACAGAAUGGCUUCACUGAAGAAUCCCUCAGAUUUUACAUGUUAAUGAAUGAGAAUGGCUUAAGACCUAACCACAUGACAUUUGCAAGUAUUUUCAAGUCCUGUGCCACAUGCACAGACCUGAAGGUAGGGUUGCAAUUUCAUGCCCAAGUAAUCAUCAGAGGAUUUGAAUCUUAUAUUUUGGUCUCUAAUUCAUUUAUCAACUUGUAUGCAAAGUGUGGAGACAUCAAUGAUUCGUCCAGGAUUUUCCAGAAUACCAUAAACUAUAGAGAUGUGAUCACAUGGAACUCCAUGAUUUGUGGUUAUGCAUAUCAUGGGUGUGGAAGAGAAGCACUGGAUACAUUAUCAGACAUGAAAACCUCAGGCAAAAGACCGAAUUAUGUAACCUUUAUUGGUGUUCUUUCUGCGUGUAGUCAUGCCGGCCUUGUAACAGAAGCAGAGGCCAUAUUCAAAUCUAUGUACAGCGACUAUGGCAUUGUCCCAUGUGAGGAGCAUUAUGCGUGUAUGGUUGACAUUUUAUGCCGGGCUGGGAACUUAAGAGAGGCCAAAGAUUUGAUCGAAAGCAUGCCAUUCAGACCUUGCUCAUUAAUUUGGCGGACAUUGCUCAGCGCUUGUAGGAACAAUGAAAAUAUUCAGCUCGGGAAGGAAGUUGCAGAGAAAAUAAUGCAGUUGGAACCACUUGAUACAUCUGCUUAUAUUCUCCUUUCCAACAUCUAUGCUUCAGUAGAAAAGAUGGAGGAGAAGGCAGAGAUGAGGAGGAGAAUGAAGGAUAUGAAAGUGAAGAAAGAAACUGGGUAUAGUUGGAUUUGGAGUUGA